GCGCGGAAAGCGCGUCACGUGAUGACUAGCCCCGCCUCUUCCUCUCGGUCCCAUAUUGAACUCGAGUUGGAAGAGGCGAGUCCGGUCUCAAAAUGGAGGUAAAACCGCCGCCCGGUCGCCCCCAGCCUGACUCCGGCCGUCGCCGCCGCCGCCGGGGGGAGGAGGGCCAUGAUCCAAAGGAACCAGAACAGUUGAGGAAGCUGUUUAUUGGUGGUCUGAGUUUUGAAACCACAGAUGAUAGCUUAAGAGAACAUUUUGAGAAAUGGGGCACACUUACAGACUGUGUGGUAAUGAGAGACCCCCAAACAAAACGUUCCAGGGGCUUUGGUUUUGUGACCUACUCUUGUGUUGAAGAGGUGGAUGCUGCAAUGUGUGCUAGACCACACAAGGUUGAUGGGCGUGUGGUGGAACCAAAGAGAGCUGUUUCUAGAGAGGAUUCUGUAAAGCCUGGUGCCCAUUUAACAGUAAAGAAGAUUUUUGUUGGUGGUAUUAAAGAAGAUACAGAAGAAUAUAAUCUGAGAGACUACUUUGAAAAGUAUGGCAAGAUUGAAACCAUAGAAGUGAUGGAAGACAGGCAGAGUGGAAAAAAGAGAGGAUUUGCUUUUGUAACUUUUGAUGAUCAUGACACCGUUGAUAAAAUUGUUGUUCAGAAAUACCACACUAUUAAUGGGCAUAAUUGUGAAGUGAAAAAGGCCCUUUCUAAACAAGAGAUGCAGUCUGCUGGAUCACAGAGAGGUCGUGGAGGUGGAUCUGGCAACUUUAUGGGUCGUGGAGGAAACUUUGGAGGUGGUGGAGGUAAUUUUGGUCGUGGUGGAAACUUUGGUGGAAGAGGAGGCUAUGGUGGUGGAGGUGGUGGCAGCAGAGGUAGUUAUGGAGGUGGUGAUGGUGGAUAUAAUGGAUUUGGAGGUGAUGGUGGCAACUAUGGUGGUGGUCCUGGUUACAGUAGUAGAGGAGGCUAUGGUGGUGGUGGACCAGGAUAUGGAAACCAAGGUGGUGGAUAUGGUGGUGGAGGAGGAUAUGAUGGUUACAAUGAAGGAGGAAAUUUUGGUGGAGGUAACUAUGGUGGUGGAAACUAUAAUGACUUUGGAAAUUAUAGUGGACAACAGCAGUCAAAUUAUGGACCCAUGAAAGGGGGCAGUUUUGGUGGAAGAAGCUCAGGCAGUCCCUAUGGUGGUGGCUAUGGCUCUGGUGGUGGAAGUGGUGGAUAUGGUAGCAGAAGGUUUUAAAAAAAUACAGCAGAAAAGGGUAGGUAUCUUUAAAUUUUUAUUAAAUUAUGAUGAUAAAAGAAUAUGUGGAACUUCAUUGAGUGUAAUAAUUUUUUUAUCCUGUAUUAUUCAACAGGCUACAGUUCUUAGCAGGAGAGAGAGCGAGGAGUUGUCAGGAAAGCUGCAGGUUACUUUGAGACAGUCGUCCUAAAUGCAUUAGAGGAACUGUAAAAAUCUGCCACAGGAGGAACGAUGAUCCAUAGUCAGAAAAGUUACUGCAGCUUAAACAGGAAACCCUUCUUGUUCAGGACUGUCAUAGCCACAGUUUGCAAAAAGUGCAGCUAUUGAUUAAUGCAAUGUAGUGUCAAUUAGAUGUACAUUCCUGAGGUCUUUUAUCUGUUGUAGCUUUGUCUUUUUCUUUUUCUUUUCAUUACAUCAGGUAUAUUGCCCUGUAAAUUGUGGUAGUGGUACCAGGAAUAAAAAAUUAAGGAAUUUUUAACUUUUCAAUAUUUGUGUAGUUCAGUUUUUCUACAUUUUAGUACAGAAACUUUAACAAAAACGCAGUUUUGAAGGUGUUUCUUAGAGUUAACAAGUAAAGAAGAUCAUUGUUAAUUACUAUUUUGUAUGAAUUUUGCUAAAGUUAACUGUAAAGAAACACCUACUGACUUGCAAUUUAAGGGGAAUCUAUUCUCCCUAUUUCCAAAACCAUGAUGAAUGGGGGCUGACAUGUGGAGAGAAUAGAUAUUUGUAUGUUUGCAAUGUGUGUUUUAGAUAAUUAGGAUUGGGUAAUAAAAAUUAGCAUAUUUGUGAAUUUAAUAGCAUUAAGAUUACUUUCAAAUGAAAAACAUCUCAAAAGUUCCUAUUUGGGUUUUGUGCAUUUUAUUUCAAAAUGUAAUCACAACUUUAGUAUGUUAGUUUUAUUGAGUCCUAGCCAUGUUAAGAACAUCUCCACUCCACAUUUACCCUGAUCACAUUGAAACUGCUGCCAAUAGUUUGGGGUAUAAAGUGUUUAUGCUGCCCUCUACUAAUACAGGACCACUAAGUCUGCUGUGUCUGAGCAAACUGGUGGAUACCUGGUUUUUCAAAUUCAAAGUCCAAAAGCACAUUACUCCUUGGUUUAGUUACCCCAUACACACAGCUUAUCAGCAGAGGAAUAAAAGACACUCAAUUGAACCCAUAACUGGAUGGCAUGCUUUCCUCUUCAUACCCUAUACAUUUUGCUGGAUGAUAGAACCAAGGAUAGUUAAGGCAUCCAAAACAAAGCAGCAGAAAAUGUAGCACAGUUGCUUAGUGUGAGCUCCUCACGUCACAAAGACCUGAAUGAAUUCAAAUUUGGAUAGUCCCAAAUGCUUAAAUCCCCAAAGAACACACGGUUAUUCUUUGUAUAUAUUUCAUCCUGAAACAUGGUGUUUGUCCAGAGACCCUGGUUGAGAAGAGUUGUAGAUACUAAGGUCAUAUAUAUGAAAUAUGUCUACUGUUGCGCCAGCUAGUGUUUAACAACAUCAUUCAAGCCCCUGAGUAUGUGCUCUGCUGUUGCUUUCUUUGGCAUUUGAACAUUGAAUUCAAAUUUUUUUCUUGGUUUUUGAAGUAUAAGCAAAACAAGCAAUAAAAAGGGGAAUGGGGCGUGCUAGUGUUUGAAUAUGCUCUCUUGUUGCUCUAAUUCUGUGCCUCUGUGCAUUAUUAAUAUUUGGAUGCAUGCAGUGCUAGCAUGGAACUUUGGUCUUCACAAAAUACUGCAGUUUUUCCAGAAAACACUCACAAAACAAUAAAUGUAACAGACAACAUUCCAUUUGUUAAUGGGCAUAUGUGAAUAAGCAGUGCAGAAAGUAGGCUCAUGUUAGAAAAUGGUUACACCUUUCAUAACUAAGUGUGAUUAUAAAUGGACACUGUCAAUGUUCUUAGUUUAAACCUGGGUACCUGGUCAAAAUGCUUAGGAAUAUUAAAAGUAAGCUAACUUGUCUCAAGUCCUUUUAUUCAUAUAAUAAAGAUUGAAAGAAUUGGGGAGGUUAACAUUUCCUGGUUUUGUUUGUGAAAUUGUUGGACACAACCUUGACAGUAUCCUUUAAUGUCAUGAGGUCAAUUGUAUUGUUAACCAAUUUUUUAUGUUCUGGAACUACUAUAAUAGUGAAACAUUUUUUCAGUAAGUCGAUGUUUACAACCUAUAAUCAGGUGAAAUGUGUAUGUGACCUGUUUAUAAGUUGUACUAGGUUAGCUCUUGUGAACAGUGUGGAGAAGUAAGCCAUGAGAGCGAUUUAACCAGCUUAAAGGACCUAAGUUGUGCUUUUUAAGCACUGGAUCAAAGGAAACCCACUAAGACAGGACUUCAGCAGCCUUUUGUGUAUGGACAAGUCAGCAUAAAUAAAGAAUGUGAAGGCAGCAGCAAGAGCUUCAACUACAGAGAAGUGGAGGCAUAAGAUACUAUGGUGAUAGUGAGCAGCUUUCCAAAAGCUAGUUAAAUCUGCUUAUUGCAACUGAAAUGUCGAAGAAAGUAGCAGGAAGGAGCUCCGCCCUUUGGAACAUCAAUGAGAUAGUGGCCACAGUCGCUAGGUCUAGCAUUUAGACCUGCAAGGAAGGGCAAUAAGCAUAGGUAAGGCUUGAAUUUGAAUUUUUUCACUAAUUAAAGAGUGCUUUUUUGUAAAGCAAGGUAAGAGUAAUCUUUUUGAUUUGCAGGUGAAUGAGAACCCUACUUGCCUAAAUGAGGAAUGUCUUUCCUACCAUCUUAAAUACGAAGGUUUCUGGCUUGGGUAAGGUUUGUUUGUAGCUCACAGUAAAAUUUGAAGACACUUGGUUUCCCUACAAAUCAAUGCCACGGGUUGAAACAUUACCCCUAUUAGUAGGUACACUGGCAGAAUUGUCAGAUUUUUUUUGUUGGGGGGGGGCAAUUCCCUGCUGAACAAGUUAUAAGACAUAAGGUGGUUACAUUCUGCAGUGGUUAUACAUACUUGUGGUGAACCAGAUGUGGCCUCUUUAUGUGAACAGCUCACAGUAUCUUGGUAAAAUCAGCUUUCCAUAAAGGAAAGUCAAGUUGCCCUUCCAGAAAAUGAUUUUUGAACUAUGUACAACUUCCAAUAAGCUGCAAGUUCCCACCUUAGUGGAAACAGGGAACUUUCACAAUUGCCAGAAUACUGGUCUUCCUUAGACUUCUCUUGCAUACCAGUCAGUUUUUAGGUGGUGUAUGUCUGUCCGCUCCAUCUUUUUAACACACAGGGUCUCACUGUUGGGAACUCCAACCACCUGCCUGUCUCCCAAAUGCUGGGAUGAUGAAAGAAGGGUGGUGUUUAAUUGUCGCUUAUAUUCCUUGAAAAACAAUCCAAAGAACAGUUGAAUUAUUCAAAUAAUUUGCUGAUUGUUCAUAAGGGCUAUUUUUUGCUGCCUUCAUAGGGCUUUGAAAAUUGCUUGCUUAAUUCAGGUUACAUUUUAAUAUUUUCAUCGGACAAGUUUGCAAAAUUGUUAGUAAGUUAAGAGAUCUUUUCCACACAGGGAUGUCCUACAUCAAGUUAACUUGGCAUUCAGUGAGGCAUUUCAGUUACUAAUAAAGCAAGGUAGCAGUCUUUCAAUGGUUCCUUCAGACUUGGAGAAAUACAUUUUUUAACAGGCAUUCUAUUUCCUUUCUGAAAUAAAAUGAUUCUACUUAAUGUUGUUCCACUGUCAUUUCUGCAAAAACAUUUUACAUAUAAAAGUUGGACAUACAAAACGGAAUAAUUGAGGUGGCUUUGACUUUUUGACCUGUAGGGUACUGCUCCCAGUUUACAUGUCUAAAAGCUGCAUUCACACUCAUGUCUAAAGAAGAGACCAUGUUGAAAAUCUGCAAAGUACUAAAGAGAAAUGGGCUUGGUUUUAAAGGGAUUUGUGUUACAAUUCAAAACAUUUCUAAUGAUAGUAAUUGGCAUGUUAAAAUAAGCAUGGGGAUAUAUACAGGGUGCUGUGAGGACUGUCUAUCCAAGUAUUAGUAUUAAGUUUUAAAUUUCAUGACAGGUGGUCUGUACAAGAUUCAAUUGUUUCAUUUGUAGUAUGAUGAAAUGUUAAAGAGAGAUGACUUUCAUUAAAAUAUUUUUAGAAAUGUG